UGAUUCAACUGUGUUUUUAUUGAAUUACUGCAAAUUCAUUUGCCAUAUGAUGACUUCUAGAUCUUCUAUGAAGAAGUCCUCCUCUUCUGCCUUUUAGAAACUCUUAACACUUAAAAAGUCUUAGUACCAUAAAUAUCAAUUAGGGGAAAGGUCUAUACAAGAGGCAUCUGGAUAUGAUAGAAGGAGCUGGAGCUUUGGAAUGAACCUGAGUUUGAAUUCCAGAUCUACACGUAAUACCUAUUUGGGUUAAACUGUAUUCUUAUCUGUUAAAUAAGGAUGACAAUAUUUCGUGUUAUAUAUUGGACUAUAUGAUGGCUCUGGUACCUAGCAGUCAUUCUACAAAACAUUCAUGAUGAACUUACUUCAGGUUGUGCGUGACCACUGGGUACAUAUACUUGUCCCUGUGGGAUUUGUCGUUGGAUGUUACCUAGACAGAAAGAAUGAUGAAAAGCUCAUUGCCUUCCGGAACAAGAGUCUGUUAUAUAAAAGGGAAUUAAGACCCAGUGAAGAAGUCACCUGGAAGUAAAAGGCUGCUGCUGAAUUAUAGAAUGUUCACAGUUUUUAAAUUAUAAGAGAAAUAAAAACACAUUCAAUACUUAA